AUGGCAAUCAAAGAGAUCGGAGGAACCCAAUACUACAUGAUCCACUAUAGAAGACGGAAGAAAACCACAGACAUUCGAAUUCCAAUAGGAGAGGAGAAUGGAAGAAUGUUCAAUGGGACUUUGAAGGAGUAUGGAGACAAAUUCAACGUGGAGAUUUCUUCAGAUGCCUGGGAAGCUGAGAAGAAGGACAAAAGGAAGGCUGUGGAUGAUUUGGAGACGAGUUUGGAGAAGAAGGGAGAACUGUGGAGGAGAAUACAUAUGUCUUAUAGUGUCUUUUUUAAAUAA